AACCAUAGAUUCGCCGGAAGACUCAAGGAUAUGGCGAUCAACGAAGGGGGAUUCAAAUCGACGACGGUGGGGGCUGCUCGUUCUCUUCAAGAGACUCCCACUUGGGCUCUAGCCACUGUUAUCUUGGUCUUCGUCGCCGUCUCUAUUCUACUCGAGCAUCUCAUCCAUCUUCUUUCCAUUGGACUUAGGAAACAUAGGAAAACAUCCUUGCUUGAAUCUACAGAAAAACUCAAAUCAGUGUUAAUGGUGUUAGGGUUCAUGUCGCUGAUAUUAACGGUGAUUCAAGGACCAGUUUCUAAAAUCUGUGUGCCCACAAAGUAUGCCAAUCGAAUGCUGCCUUGUCAUAGAAUCAAACUAAGCACUCGUGAUGAUCCCGCCUCUGGUCAAUGCUCUUCCAAGAAAAAUACACCAGUAAUUUCACGAGAAGGGUUGAAUCAGCUGAGUUUCUUCAUCUUUGUGCUGGCCGCUAUGCAAAUUGUAUUUAGCCUUGCCACUAUGGGCCUUGGUAGGGCUAAGAUGAGGAGAUGGGAAUCUUGGGAGAAGGAAACACAGACGGUGGAGUACCUGGCAGCAAACGAUCCCAAUAGAUUUAGAAUUACAAGACAAACAACCUUUGCUCGUCGCCACCUCAGUUCUUGCACUCAAACAUCAUUCCAACUUUGGAUCAAAUGUUUCUUAAGGCAAUUCUUCCACUCCGUGGCCAAAGUUGACUAUCUCACUCUCCGACACGGCUUCAUCUCUGCUCACCUAUCGUCCAACAACGCAUUCAACUUCCAAAAGUAUAUACAAAGAUCGUUGGACGACGAUUUCAAAGCUGUUGUUGGAAUCACUCCUCUUAUGUGGCUAACAGUGGUCGUCUUCAUGCUCCUCGACGUUCAUGGUUGGCAAAUAUACCUUUGGAUGUCAUUUGUACCACUGAUUAUAGUUUUGGUUGUGGGGACGAAAUUGGAAGUGAUCGUGGCGAAGAUGGCGCUUCAGAUCAAAGAGCAAAGCCAUGUGAUAAAAGGAAGUCCUCUCGUUGAGCCAAACGACACGCAUUUCUGGUUCCGUCAUCCCCGUUUCGUCUUAACCCUCCUGCACUACACGCUGUUUUUAAACACGUUCGAGAUGUCAUUUUUUCUAUGGGUCACUUGGCAAUUCGGGUUAAAGUCUUGUUACCAUGAACACACCGAGUUCAUCGUCACCCGAGUCGUGUUAGCGGUGACUGUCCAGGUCUUGUGCAGCUACAUUACGUUAAUUAUGGCAGGGGAUAUUUUGAUGGGGUCAAGCUACAAGAGCGCAAUCUUGGAAGAACAAAUAGCAAGGGCAUUGAGGCAAUGGCAUGACCGAGUCAGAGACAAGAGGAAGGAUCAGAAGAAACACAACAAGUUGGAUGUUGAUAACAGCAACAACAACAACAGCAGCAGCAGCAGCAACAAUAUCGACAGUAAUAAGCAGCCUGGUCGGUCCAAACAAGACCGUGAAGGGGGUGAAAUUGUUGAAGAGGAGGCUGGUGAAAUGGUUGAUGAUGGUGACAUAGAGCUCGGCUCUUCAAUAAACCACCCAUCGAAUUGAUCCAUAAUUCUAAAUCUUGUUUAGGAGUGUAUAUAUAUAUAGAGAGAGAGCAUGUUUGUUACUCACACUACUGUGAUAUUCAUAUGAUACGCUCAUAGAAGUUUGGAUCGAGAUAUUAUUAUAAUUUCCAUUUGGUUUAAA